AUGUACGAUACCUUUGAUGAAACAUAUGCCACUACAAUAGGGAUUGACUUUUUGAGUAAAACUAUGUACCUCGAAGAGGGGAAAACUGUGAGAUUGCAAUUGUGGGAUACCGCAGGACAAGAAAGAUUUCGAUCGUUGAUUCCAUCGUAUAUCCGCGAUUCGCAUGUAGCGGUGGUGUGUUACGAUAUUACCAAUAAAAAGUCAUUUCAAAACCUCGACAAAUGGAUCAAGGAUGUUAAAGUGGAAAGGGGUGAUGAUGUUGUAAUUGUGCUAGUGGGAAACAAACUGGAUUUAGCUACUACAAAACGACAAGUCAGCGUUGAGGAGGUGGAGCAAUUGCAUAACAAGAUUGGAUCCAAGUUUUUUAUUGAGACGUCCACAAAAGCUAAUCAUAAUGUCAAACUAUUGUUCAAAAAGAUUGCUCAGUCGUUACCGGAUUUUAACAAGGAAGGAGAGGAAGAUAGCCAGGAGCAAUCUAAAAACAAGCCAGAAACCAUAAACAUAACGAUUGAAAAUGAUGAUAAGGCGCAAAGUGCAAGCUCAUGUUGCUGA